AUAUGUGCAGCUGUAUAAACGGAGGUUUUACACUGAGCUAACAUGAGCUCUGUGAUGGUCCCACAGCCGGUCUCUGGGUGUUACAUCAGAAAGAUCUCAUCUGCUGAAUGAGGGGUUGUUCCUCCACCAUGGCAGGGGAUCUCUUCAGCCCCCCGUCCCCACUUGGGGAUUCCCUGCUGGACAGUCCACUGUGUGGAGACCUGAUGGAGGACCUUCAUGACAUCUCACAGUCUAUAGAAGACGACAUGAUGGGAUUUGAUUUCCCGGCGUACCACAGCACUGGCUCAGGGUCUGAGAGCUCUAUCGGACUUGACACGUUGACCCCAGCCUCCAGUCCGUCGUCGGGGGUGUGUGGAGCAGCUCCCAGUCCGGAGGAGGGCUUCAGCACCCUCAACCUGGAGUGCCGGAUCUGCUCAGACAAGGCCUCCGGAUUUCACUACGGGGUGCAUGCCUGUGAGGGCUGCAAGGGUUUCUUCAGAAGGACCAUCAGGCUGAAGCUGGAGUAUGAUAAGUGUGAACGCAACUGCAAAAUCCAAAAGAAGAACCGCAACAAGUGCCAGUACUGCAGAUUCCACAAGUGCCUCUCUGUAGGCAUGUCCCACAAUGCCAUCCGGUUUGGUCGGAUGCCGCAGGCGGAGAAGCUAAAGCUGAAGGCAGUAAGCAAGAUGGUGGAGAAAGAGGUGGCAAGCCCCAUGCUGGCCGACCACAAGAUUCUGGUGGGGCAGAUCCACGAAGCCUACAUGAAGAACUUCAACAUGAACAAAGCAAAAGCUCGGCUCAUACUCACCGGAAAGACCAGCAAGCCGCCUUUCAUCAUACACGACAUGGAGACUUUCCAGCUGGCAGAGAGGACGUUAGCUGCCCAUAUGGUAAACGGUGACAGUCCGGAAGCAGAGAGCGGCCUCCAGGCUGGGGAUGUGGCUCUGGCUGUGGGGUGUGGGGAGCUCCAGCAAAGGGAGGCUGAAACCAGGCUCUUCCACUGCUGCCAGAGCACCUCGGUGGAGACGGUCACAGAGCUGACGGAGUUUGCCAAGGCGGUGCCGGGCUUCCAGGACCUGGAUCUGAAUGACCAGGUGACUCUGUUGAAGUACGGCGUUUAUGAAGCCCUCUUCACCCUCCUGGCCUCCUGCAUGAACAAAGAUGGCCUCCUAGUGGCCCGUGGCGGAGGCUUCAUCACCAGAGAGUUCCUUAAGAGCCUCCGGCGUCCAUUUAGCGACAUGAUGGAGCCAAAAUUCCAGUUUGCCACACGCUUCAACUCCCUGGAACUGGAAGACAGCGACCUGGCCCUUUUUGUGGCAGCCAUUAUCUGCUGCGGAGAUCGCCCCGGCCUGGUGGAUGUGCCUCUUGUGGAGCGGCUGCAGGAGAGCAUCGUUCAGGCGCUGCGGCUCCACCUGCAGGCCAACCACCCCGACGACAGCUUCCUCUUCCCCAGACUGCUGCAGAAGCUGGCCGACCUUCGGGAGCUGGUCACCGAGCAUGCUCAGUUGGUGCAGGACAUCAAGACAACAGAGGAGACGUCGCUGCACCCGCUCCUGCAAGAGAUCUACAGGGACAUGUACUGAUGUGAUGGCACAUGGUCAUGAACAGAGGCAUUUAUUAGAAUAUUUAUGUACAGGUACAUCUCAAUAAAUUAAAAUAUUAUAGAAAAGUUUAUUUAUUUCAGUAAUUCAAAUCUAAUAGUGGGAAUAACACAUUAUAUAGAUCCAUUACACACAGAAUGAAACACUUCAUGUCUUCAUUUAUUCAGUUUUCUUCUAAUUAUAAUGAUUAAGGCUUACAUUUAAUGAAGACCUAAAACUCAAUGUCUCAAAAAAAUGGAAUAUUACAAGAGACCAAUUUUAAAAAGCAUGUUUAAUAUGGAAAUGUUGGCCUCUGAAAAGUAUGUCCAUCUAUAUGACUCAAUACUUGGUUGGGACUAUUUGACUUGAACUACUGGAAAUGGACUUUUAAAUCAUAUUCUAAUGUAUUGAGAUGCACCUGUAUAACACUCAGAAAAAUGGGGUGUCCAUAAAUAUUUACUCAUAUUUUCAUGCAUAUCAAUGUACUGUAAGUAGCUUGCUGUGCAGCUUCUGUGGGUGCACACUGCUGUGAUCUGCAGUGGUUGCAGUUAGACACGGAAACUUUCUACUGGAACAAACAUAAAUACAUUUUUUUCGGGGGGUAAAGACAGCUGUUGUAGGUGGCAUGGAAUAAAUUAUUAUACCACCCUACAUUUUUUUGGACAAAUAUACUGAUAACAACAAAAUGUCUACAAAUCGGCUCUUAAAUUAAACUCUUAUGAGCUAUUUUGUUGUUAUCAUUAUAUUUAUCCAAACUAAUGUACCUUUAGUUGUACCAAAAAUGAACAAGAAACUGAAGAAAAAGGGUUGUCUAAUAUUUUUUUUCCAUGACUGUAGGUGGCAUGCAUGAAAGGGGGGAAGAAAAGUUUUGAUCUUAAGCCAUAGAUAGCAUUAUGCACCAGUUUCAGAGCAGCACUGAUGCUGAAUAUUAAUUUUAAACAAUAAAUUGAAUUGUGGAAAAAAAAGAAAAGGAAAAAAAGCAGGCAAGUUAGAGAAGUCAUAACAGUUUUAAUGUGGGAGGAAACAAAUGUUUAUUGUGCAUAUUCCUAAUAUUAUGAAUAUUUAGCACAUUUGGUAUGAUUUGGUUAAUAGCCGUCAUAUACUUUCAUUGUGUACUUGUGCCUUAUUGAAAUCGUCCACAUCUCCCUCAACCAUUUUUUGAGAUUAGUUGUUGAAGAAACACCUGCAUCAGUAUUCACCAAGUGCCUUAAUGCUCAUAUUUCCUCUAUUCAUACCACACGUGAUAUAUUUACCACAUAACAAAUACAUAAUCAUUAUUGGAUAGAUGUAUAAUUAUUUCAUGUUGGAUCAGGGAAUGUUCUCACAUCACAAAUCAUGAUGAAUUCAUGUGUUUUAAGCAGGCAAUGAAGUUAAGUGAGCCUUACUUUUACUGUUAGCAGCCAUCAUUUGAAAAUAUCGUAAUUUCAUGUGUAAUAUAUUUAUUUUAAUCCUUAAUCCUACUGAUAAAAACCAACACAACAUGAUAGCUCACCUAGCCCUUUUUCUUCCAGAAGUCUCCUUGUACAAAUCCUCCCUUUAAGACACAUUAUUGGCCAGUGAAUAUUUUGACCAUAAACACAAUAAUCUGUUAAGCUGGUUUAUGUUUUAUUUUGUAAAUAUAACAAGAAUGCGGUGAGCACCGUGAAAGUAUCUGCAGACAUGAAACAGGUCUCAAAAGGAAAAGCUGAGCGCCUCAUGUGCUGUACUUAAACUUCACCUCUCAAUGUAGUCGUUGAGCAUUGUUUCUGGUUAUAGUGAAACUGUUUAUAUUUUUUAUCCUGUACAGUAAAAAAUGCAUUUGCUGUGUCAGUAAAAUGAAUUAUGUCAUGUGGUAGUUAAAAAUAAACUAAUAUAUUUAACUUUUAUUUGUAAUGCCCUGACUUAUUUACCUGUUCAUCUGAUUUAGAUGUUAAAAUAAAGUAGCUAAUAGCUUUUUACUGCAUACAGGUGCAUCUUGAUAAAUUAGAAUAUCAUAGAAAAGUUUAUGUCAGUAAUUAAAUUCAAAAAGUGGGAAAAAAACAUUAUAUAGAUCCAUUACACACAGAAUGA